CGUGUCAGCGGAGAGAUGGGGAAAACAGCAGAUUCAACUGAGCACAGUCCACAAGGACUUUGUAAUGGGGAACCUGAGGCAGAAAGGGAGAUGGAAACUCAAAAGAAUCCUCAACAAGAACAGUUAUUAAUGGAGUUGCCAAGUAGGAAUGGAGAUGCAACGAGAGAACGAGACCCAGGUUGUGUCUGUCCCUUCAGGAAACCAUUAGUAUGGGGCACAGCUGCAGGUCUGGUCGUCAUCAUCAUUGGUUUGGGGGUAGCUCUGGCAGGCAUUGGGUUUGCUGCAGAUCCAGCGUCUCUCUGUGCUGCAGCGCGAGCUGCCGAACCAGCCCUCAUCCAUCAGAAAAGCACAGUCGCCGCCUCCUCUUAUCGGAAACCUGCAACACAGACCCAGGGCACGGCAGGCACCUGUGAUCUAACCCAGAAAAUGUUACUGGAGGGAGAGCAUGGGGUUCAAGUAACCCCCUUUGGGGGCUGGAUUCCCAGCAUCCUUCCCUCCCAGCAGCUUCCAGGGGGAGUGUCAGAAGCCUGGGGUGCCAGGGCUCAGCUCUCCCCACAGACGGGCAGGCCCCCUCUUACAACAUCUGUUAUGUUCCCAUUUUCAGUGUGGCGAUCUAGGAGUUCUCCAGCUGCCCUGUGCCCCUGCUGCCCGGACGGCUGGGUUGGAUACCAAGGGAAAUGCUACUAUUUCUCCGAGGCCGAAGGGAACUGGAACAACAGCCAGAGCCACUGCUCUGCCCUCGGUGCCUCCCUGGCUGGGAUCGACAGUGAGCAGGAAAUGGCUUUCCUGCUGCGUUAUAAAGGCAAACACCAGCAUUGGAUCGGCCUCUGGAGGGAGCAGGGGCUGGGCCAGCCCUGGAAAUGGGUCAACGGCACCGAAUUCAACAAGCUGUUUCCGAUAAGAGCAGAUGGCGACUGUGCCUAUCUGAAUGACGAGAAUAGGGUCAGCAGCUUGCGAUGCACCAGUGAGAGACACUGGAUCUGCACCAAACCUGGUGCGUUUACAAAGGCAAAGGAGGCGACAGUGGAAGGGGGCUCAUAA